AUGUCGAUUCAAAGGAUUUCUUUAAAUAAUUUCAAACUAUCAUUUCCUACUGGUGGUUUGUUAGUUGCGCGAAAUAAUUAUAGAAAUGCCUAUGGCUUUAUUCAAUCUCGGCCAGAUACGAGGUUUCUGUCUACAACCGUAUCACUUGCUUCUCAAAUUGGUCGUAAACCAAUAACUUAUCCGCCCGAAGUUACAAUUACACAUGAUACGACGCCAAUUACCCAACCACGAGUAAAAGCAGAUUUGUUGUCUACAACACUUAAGAUUUCCGGACCUUUGGGCACACAUUCUAUGCCUAUUAAGCCUUACGUUCAACUAAUUUUUCAUGAGAAGGAAGAAUCGAGUAAUAAUGGUAAAAGUAUCGAGUCAAGCGAAUUUAUAGAUGAUAGUGAACAGGAUAAGAAACUUAGCGUCGAAGUCAAAAAUGCAAAGAACAAACAACAAAGACAAAUGUGGGGAACAACGAGAGCAUUAAUUACGAAUUAUGUCGUUGGGGUUAGCGAAGGUUAUAGGGUUUUGUUAAGAUUUGUUGGCGUAGGAUACAGGGCUAACAUGGAAGAUGAUAAGCUUGCCAUCAGGGUUGGAUACACUAAUCCUGUCAUAUUGGAUGUUCCUGAUGGCAUCAAAUGUGCCAUCCCUAGCCCAACAAAGGUUAUAUUGAGUGGAACUGAUAAACAAAAUGUAUUUCAAUUUGCAGCUGAAAUAAGAAGUCACAAACCACCUGAGCCAUAUAAUCAAAAAGGUAUAUUUGUUGGGGAUGAAACAAUCAAGAAGAAAGUGAGCAAAAAGAAAUAA